AACGGCCAUAUUUGUUUAGUUUACGGAGGGGAUGAAAAGUGUAAGCGUUCAUCUCGUAUUCAUGUCAACAAAUUGAUAAUAAUCGUGGGUAGUAACAAUUGAAUUGUUAGAAAUAUAUUCUGAAAGAAAAGACGAAAUGAUUGAUUAACAGUCUUGAGAUGUGGUUAAGAAGUGAGCAUGUGGGGAGACGGCUUCGUGGCCGUUUAAAUUCUUCAGCAACAGCUGGAAAAGUAUCAGGGCGAGUUCAAGGUGGAGUACGAAAAGUAUCAACAAUAAAUAAUGGUAGCCAAAGGGUUAAUACUUCAACCAGAUGUGGAAAUCUAAAGCGUUGGCGUCGUAGAUCUCCUAGUCUAUUGAAAGAGGCCUGCAAAGAAAACGUCUUAAAUUAUAAAAAAACACCCGGAAUAAGACGAGAAAGACUUCCAAGACGUAGGAAAUGUAUUAAGAGGUCAAUGGUUACAUCUACUCCAAUACGACGAUGUGUUUCGAAUGGAGACAACAGUGUUAAACCUCCAAAAAUUAAUGAAACUAAAGAGAAUUGGAAUUUACCAUCAUAUUCAUCUAAUGUCCAAGUUGAUUCGUCUCCAAAAAAGGAGGAAGAUCCAAAUUCAUUACCAAAUAUUCGACUUUUGAGUGAUUUACUACCAGCAGCUAUUGAUGAAUCACCAGAUUUAUCAUGUUUAUUGCGAGAAGAAACGAAUGUAAGUGAAAAUAACGCAGAAGACGUUUCGUCAGGGUCAGUUUUAUCAGUCGUCGAUAUUCUUUCAUUACAUUAUUCAGCAAUUUGUUCAAAUACUGAACAUUCAAAUGAUUAUUACGAUACAAUCAUGCAAACUACGUCAAAUUUAAAUAAUCGUACUAAUUAUCAAACGGAUAAGUACUAUCAAAAUUCUAAUCAAAAGUAUUCUUAUGAUGAUUAUAAUAAACAAAAUGUUGAAGAUUAUGAUUAUUCUAACGUAAAAUAUAAUUCUAAUGUUUAUUCAAAUGUUGAUACGAGAAAUUCUGAUAAUAAUGGUAAUUUAGAAAUUUCCAAAUAUGAUCAGUACAAUCAGGAUGUUAAAUAUAUGGAUGUUGGUAAUGAAGAAAUUGUUGAUAGUUGUGAUAUGGAUAAUAUUGUAACUCAAGCGCAAGAUGAUUGGUUGCCAUUUGAUCCUUACGUUUUUAUUAAACAUUUACCACCAUUAACACCGGCAAUGCGUGCUCGAUGUCCAGCACUUCCGUUAAAAACACGAAGUAGUCCAGAAUUUUCACUUGUUCUUGAUUUAGAUGAAACUCUUGUUCAUUGUAGUCUUCAAGAAUUAUCCGAUGCGGCUUUUCGAUUUCCUGUAGUAUUUCAGGAUGUAACGUAUACGGUUUUUGUAAGAACUCGUCCAUUUUUUCGUGAAUUUUUGGAACACGUUUCUAACAUGUAUGAAGUUAUAUUAUUUACUGCUAGCAAGAGAGUAUACGCAAAUAAAUUGAUGAAUUUAUUAGAUCCUACAAGAAAAUUAAUCAAAUAUAGGCUGUUUCGUGAACAUUGUGUUUGUGUAAAUGGUAAUUACAUUAAAGAUUUGUCAAUUCUAGGACGUGAUUUAUCAAAAACCGUUAUUAUUGAUAAUAGUCCACAAGCAUUCGGUUAUCAAUUAGAAAAUGGAAUACCAAUUGAAAGCUGGUUUGAUGAUAGAGCUGAUAACGAGCUAAUGAAAUUAUUGCCAUUUUUGGAAAAUUUAGUACAUUGGGGUGGUGAUGUUAGACCACAUAUAAGAGAACAAUUUCGAUUAUUUAGUUUUCUACCCCCUGAUUAAUGAGAUUUAUAUUAAAUAUUUUGCUUUAAUAUUUUUUUAAUUAAAAAAAAAUUGACAAAAAAAAUUUAUAAGAUUAAAAAA